CAGAGGCUCGUCUCACCUGCUGAAACGCGCUCGUCCAUUCACUCACUCAUUCACUCACUCACUCUCCGCCUCCAAUUACCGUGCAGCCCGCGAGCUCCGUGCUGCGCUGCCGCUUCUCCUGGUCUGGGUUUUGGUUUUUUUGGUGUUUGUUUGUGUCCUGUUUUUAUUUUCGAUGCGACGGAGCUUGGUAUUCUCACUCCGCGUGUGUGUGUGAGUGAGUGUAUGCGUGAGUGAGUGUGUGUAUGUGUGUGUGUGUGUGUGUGGAUCGUCUUCGGCUGAAAGAAACAAAAGCGCGUCACUGCUUCCCCUCCUCUCCAAAAAAAGAAAUCACGGAUUUGUGUGUGUAAGUACUGAGGAUCCAACAUCAGCGUCUGCUCCUGCUGUUUUGUUUGUUAGGUUUCUUCCUCGUGAGGGAAGCACGCGCUGUGAAACAUGGAUACGCUCUUCCUCAGUCCCACGGAUAAGCAUUUAAUUUAGGACUCAGCCGAUGCCAGAGACGCUGGACACAGAUAAUGGCAAGGUUUUGGAGAGCGCUGGGCGCGUGACUGGUUUCCUGGGAGCAGAAAAGGCCCAAAACAAAAAAUCAAGCCAGUGUUGCAGAAACAUUUCAAACACCGAGGCGUGAUUUUUAUUUUUUUAUUUAUUUUUUUACCAGAUGACAAAAACAUACACCGAUAACUGUUAAAAAAAACAUAAGAUACAAGGAUGGAGCACACCGGGAUCGAGGAGGUGAACCAGACGCACCAGCAGCAGCAUGAACCCAUCAGCUUCGGCAUCGACCAGAUCCUGAACAGCUCGGAUCAGUCCAGCGGCUGCAUGCUGCCCAACCGGACCGGCGACCCGGAUUACGCGCUGGCCUCCAACGUCUACAGCAACGGCUACAACAGCGUCUACAACCCGGCCUGCUCCAUGGCGGCGGCGGCGGCGGGUCUCGCGGGCUCUUACAACGUCAACAUGAACAUGAACGUCAGCAUGAACAUGAACAUGAACGUUAACGUGAACUCGGGCGGCGGCGGCGGUGCCGGCGGCGUGAUCCGCGUGCCGGCGCACAGACCCAUGCCGCCGCCGCCGCCGUCCGCCGCCGCAGCUGCGCCGCAUCCGCCCCCUUCCGCGCAUCCGCCUGGCAUCGGACACGGCAUCCCCUCGGUGCCCGGGAUGGGGAUGGGCAACGCGGCCAACUUCACCUUCCCGUGGAUGGAGAGCAGUAGGAGGUUCGCCAAAGACAGAUUAACAGGGGAGCAGUCAGAGGAGAGCCGAGCCGGAGAGGCCACGGGGGCACCGGGGGCCGCCGGGUCCCUCUGUCCUCUCCCCAAGGGAGACAUCGGCAGAGUCCCUGUCUGGAGCACUGUGGAGACAUUAGCCAAAUGCUAUUACCCCGAGCUCGCUCACCUGCGAGACAAUGGCCAUGGCCUUCUAGCAGACUAUCCUUUCGCAAAGGGGGCUUGCCCAGCCGCCCUGUCGCCCUUCUCUGUGACCCGUCGCAUCGGCCACCCGUACCAGAACCGGACGCCGCCCAAGAGGAAAAAGCCUCGCACCUCCUUCAGCCGCGUCCAGAUCUGCGAGCUGGAGAAACGCUUCCACCGGCAGAAGUACCUGGCGUCGGCCGAGCGUGCCACUCUGGCCAAAGCCCUGAAGAUGACGGACGCACAAGUCAAGACCUGGUUCCAGAACAGAAGGACAAAAUGGCGGAGACAGACUGCAGAGGAGCGAGAGGCUGAGCGGCAACAGGCCAACAGGCUGAUGCUGCAGCUUCAGCAGGAAGCGUUCCAGAAGACGUUGAGCCAGCCGAUGCAGCCGGACCCGCUCUGCCUGCACAACUCCUCACUCUACGCCCUGCAGAACCUGCAGCCCUGGGCAGAAGACAAUAAGGUGACCUCCGUCACCUCUGUGGCAUCUGUAGUCUGAAUGUGUCUCCGUCUCUGUGUGUGUGUGUGUGUCAGUGUGGGUAUAAGAAGAGUGAACUGUGUGUGUGUAUCACAGUGACAUCAGUAUGAAUGGACAGAAAAGAAAUGCAGCUGCAUUUAUGGGAUUGUUGAAUAGAUACAGGAAAGUGAUGCUUGCUUUGGGGAAAAAAGAUAUUUGAAGGGACACUGUGCUUCCUCGCUCAUUGAUCGUUACCAGCAACAGCAUGUGUAGAGGGAAACAGCUAUCUGUUACUGCCGAGGCCUGCACACAAGCCGCACUGACACUGCUGUUUGUCACAAUUAAAGUGUGUUGAAGUAUGUUGAGUCAUUUUCCUGCCUCACACCACAUUUCCGCUUUCC